CUCUUGAAGAGCGGGUACCAGGCCGAGAGCUGACACCUCAGCACCUGCUCCUUCUUCAUCACUCCUGGCAACAACAGCUACGCUUCCGCUGUAGCUGUGCACCGCCCAAACCCUUCCGCCCCAGCCCGGCCGGAAGUCGGGUGUUGGCUGCAGUUGGGGCGGGAUGCUGCGUCACAGAAAAAAAAAGCGCUCGGGCCGCUCACGGGGUGAAGCUGGAGCAAGGUUCCGGGGUUCGUUGCUGGUCGUCAGUUCCGAAACUUCUUUCUGAAUCAAUCUUCACGGCAUCUUCCCAUUUACUGUUUGCUUUGCAGAUUUGGAAACUUUGGGAAAAGUGCAGAGUGACCGGGGCCAGAAUCCAUAAAAAGAGCGUUGUUAUUCCUGAGUCCAAAGGUCCAUUUUGGUUUGCUUGCAUUGUACAGAGUAAAGUUAACUAUCAACUUCAGGAACCAUCAGCAAACAUGGAAGCAAGUUAUACAGCUAACCAAUCAAUCAUCAAAGAAGAGGUACUGGCAAAAGGCAAAUGGGCUCAACUUUUGCAGACAACCUACAUAGAUCCUACUGGCAAAACCAGGGUUUGGGAAACAGUGAAACGAACAACCAGAAAGCCAAGCUGUAAAUCUGAUGGAGUAGCUGUACUAGCCGUGCUAAAAAAAACUCUGCACUACGACUGUUUGAUUAUGGUGAAACAGUUCAGGCCGCCAAUGGGAUGCUACUGCCUGGAACUACCAGCAGGUCUCAUAGAUGAUGGUGAAACUGCAGAAGUUGCUGCUUUACGGGAGCUUUUGGAAGAAACUGGUUACAGAGGAGAGAUUAGUGAAGCAACUCCAGAUUUAUGUCUGGAUCCCGGAUUAACCAACUGCACAAUGCAGUAUGUAACUGUUAAUAUUAAUGGCGAUGAUUCAGAAAACCUCCAUCCGAAACAGAGGCUGGAUGAUGGAGAGUUUGUUGAAGUUGUUUUAAUUCCAAUGAACGAACUUCGGAAGAAACUUGAUGAAAUGCUCCAAAAAGAAAAUAUUGUGGUGGAUGCUCGAGUUUACGCCUUUGCGAUGGGUUUGAUGUAUGCCUCUUCAAAGCCCAACAUGUUGCCUGUUUUGAAAGCCUGAAAGUCUUAAAGAUCCCCUCAUCUACAGUUGUUGCACAGAACAUGGAUAUAUUUAAUCUCAAGUUUUGUAUUCUGCCGUUGUACUAAGGAACAAAGAGCCAUUUAUCCAGAACAUAAGACUUAAGGAGCCAUUUUUACAGAACUGCCUUAUUCACAACUGCAUCACUUCAUCUUUUCCUUGAAAACUUGUAAAGUCUUUAAGAAUAAGUGGUCGCAAAUCAAUUGCACAUUUUUUUUUAAAAGCUCAAUCUUUCAAAUUUUUGUCAAUGUGGGUCAGAUGCCUAAAGCCAGUACAAAUCAGGGUGAGUUGGUAGAGAAAUCACUGAGAUACCUUUGUGUAUUAUGGUGAGAGCUUUUGGUUUGACAGAAUUGUAGAAUGCGAUCUGAAAAUUGAAAAAAAUUAUAUAGUAGACUCCAACCAGUUGCCUUGAUAAGCCUCUGAAAUUAUAUUACCCUGAAGUAUAAUUAGUUUUGAUUAACAGAAACCGAUCGCUACAAUUAGGAAUCUCCAUAUCCAGGUACUCAGUCAUCCACAGGGUUUUCUAUUUCCCCAGUACAGAAUGCAUUCUAUUUUCUCACUGGUAUGUGUUUAGAAUUCCCAUCAUUAUGCAGUGAAACCCAUUUAACUUGUUGGAUAUUGGCUUAAGGAUUAGCUGGGAACAGAGGUUGAGGGACUGUGGUUGCCUCAAAAUUAUCAACUCUACCCCUCUAGGUCUCCAUUUAUGAAUUAGUGUGCAAGUUGUCUUCUCAAGCAUAUUAUGCUGCACAUCUCUGAUAAAUUAUGUAAUCUAUCUCAUCCGAAGCCCUUUGGUACUUGGCUGAUCUCCCUAUCCAUGCUUUUAUUUCCCUUCCCAUUCCCGUCAGCUGGUUGUCAUGUCACUGGGACAUUAGGAUUUUAGGCCUCACCACAUAGGCAACUAUUACAAGUUUUUUCAGGUGGCAUGAUGAACCACACAACUUUCCAUUAAACAAGUGCACUGUCAAAAUCUAACUACUGUACAUAGUAUAGUAAUCCUAACAAAUGGUUAAUUGCACCACUUUUGAGGUGUGGCACUGCAAAAGAUUCAUUAAAUCAAUCAAUCAAUCAAUCUUCCUGAUUGUUAAAUGAAAACAUUCCUUUCGAAUUGCUUUAUACGCUCAAGGGGUCCAGCCAACUUUGUUUUGUACCAUGCAGCUUAUGGACUAUAAAAAGUAAUACAUCCAACAUCAAGGACACUGUGUUUCAGUAAAGAACACAUUUGUCAUAAGCAUUUGAUUCAAUAAAAUCCAGAGUGCUGUUUCAGAUUUAAUGGUUUAAGAGCUCGGAUUAACAGUAGCUCUAGUAAUUUUUGGAUUGGACAAAAUAAAUGUUUAUCCUGCCAAACAUAUUUUCAGUUCCAAGUGAUCUCAAUUUAAUGUUUUAUUUAAAAACCAAGAUGUAAUUUUAGCUUACUGAACGUGAAAUUCUGUUGCAUGCAAUUUUGCAUUUACCUUUUACACAAAAGCCAAUAUAAAAGGUUGGUAUUUGGCGCAAUAGGGUUUUUUUAAAAACGUUUGCAAGUAUGAAUCAAUUGUUUGAAAUCACAGCUUGUGAAUAUAGUUCUGUGACGCUGUCUAAUGUUAAAAGUCCUGUGUUUUAAUGAAGGCAUUAGCUGUUUGAGAAUGUCACUGCCAUCAUUAUAGUAGUGGAAAAAACUUUAAUAAUUUUAAUAAAAUAAUCUGGGGCAGUACAGUGGCUCAGUGAUUAACACCACUUGCCUCAUGGCACCGGGGACUUUGGUUUGAUUCCACCCUCAGGCAACUGUCUGUGUGGAGUUUGCACAUUCUCUCUGUCUGCAUGAGUUUCCUCCCACAGUCCAAAGAUGUGCAAGGUAGGUGGAUUGGCUAUGCUAAAUUUCCCAGAGAAGUCUAGGUUAGGUGGCUUAGACAUGGAAAAUUGGGGAAAUGGAUCUGGGUGGGAUGCGGUUCAGAGGGGCUGGCGUGUGGACUUGUUGGGCCAAAUGGCCUGUUUCCAUAUUGUAGGGAUUCUAUGAUCAUAGUAUACAUUUCCAGCAUUGCAGUCUAUUGAUUUGAAUGUUUCUGUAAAUUGUAGAGCUGUUGGAGAAAGCGUACUUAAGGCUCAUUGUUAAUCUACAAGCUUCAUGCUGUCCCAGAAUCUCAUGACAUUUGCCAUCAUGAAAGAUUUGGUUUCUGAUGUCUUUUUCUUUGAAAUAUUGUCAGAAUUUUCUUGUAUCUUAUAUUUCUUUGUCCAAAUAAAGACAUGUA